AGAACUCAAAAUUCAUCAAACCAUAGCUUUAUUAGCAAUGGCGGAUUCCGUCAAGCGUCGCCUCCUGAUCACCUUCGCCGCGAUACUCUGUUUCAUCCUCUGCUCCUCGGUCCUCCUCCGACAUCCUUCCGACGUCCCUCAGAAACCCCCGCCGCCGCUCGUGCUUCCACCCGACGUCGACCCCACAGCCGCCAAGAUCGCCGAGGCUCUCCACUCCCGUGGCAACUACUCCGCCAUGAUACCAGAUCUCAUAUCCAAAUUCAACCCGGGAUGCCUCGGCGCCGCCGCCGCCGUCACGAUCUUCGUCCCGACGGACCGGUCCGAAUACCCCGUGUGCGGAUCGGAGAGGCCCGGGGUCCGGAUCGUGCUGUCGAGGGUGGACCGGGAGGCAUUCGGGUCGCUCACAAACGGGUCGGUGCUGGAAACGUGCGACGGCGGCGAGAUUCGGGUCGCGGAAUCGGCGGCGGCAGAGAAGGGGUACCUGCACGCGGAGGUCGUGGAUUGGAAUCUGUACGACGACGACGGCGGCGGCCGUGUGAUCGUGCACGGGAUCGACGGGGAGCUGCAAUCCCACAUGCCCGUGGCGGCGGUCGGGAGGUUUGCUGUCUCGGGUAUGGUGAAGCCGAGGAGGAAGGACGCCGGCGGCGAUGAGUUGGAGAGUCUUUGCCGGGGAGCUGCAAUCCCACAUGCCCGUGGCGGCGGUCGGGAGGUUUGCUGUCUCGGGUCUGGUGAAGCCGAGGAGGAAGGACGCCGGCGGCGAUGAGUUGGAGAGUCUUUGCCGGGGUCCGUGGCGGAAUCAAGUAAUGGCGCCGAG